AACAGAAGUAGAAGAGCAGCAAUAGAGUGAAGAAUCGAGCGAGAUGGCGAACUGCUUCGGCGAAGUGGUCGACGACGAGAGGCUGAACAAAAUGGAGAGGUACAUGGGUAAGCCAAAGUCACGCCAAGACAGAGCAAGAGAGGCCUGGAAUCAGAUCAGCAAGGACGACAAGGACGCCAACGCUACCAGGUACGUCGAAGGUCUCAAGUCCAUGUAUGGCAAUGGACAGUCCACACUGUGCCUUGUGUAUAAUGCGACGGGUGACACCCUCCGCAAAGUCGACAACCACGACUGGUAUGGUUAUAUCGGCAGCGCUCCCUACCCCGACGAGAUCGGCAAUGGCCAGUGGGCUGCCUUCCAUCACGUCCACCGGGCUGGCGAGCCGUCGGGUUCCGUAGGCGCUGUUGUGUACCGUGGGAAGAAUGGCGAAGGGGAGCAGAAGGACUAUCUUGUUGCAUGGAGUACUCCAUGGGGCAUGUGGUACCGCAACAAGGCUUAUUGCGAGAUCGGUGCCGUCAAUUGCUACCAAAAUCUUUGGGCUGGUAUGUACAAUAGAGUGGCCAAUUCUGAUUAUUCUUCGAGUGCUAGAUCCAACGGGUGCGAGAUUGAUGCAAGAAUUGAAACAGGCGAUAGCCCGAAAUUUACUGCAAAAAUCACCGUCCGCUGACCAGUCAUAUACAGCAAUUGUGUGCCAUGCGCCGGCUCUAUGGAUGGCACUUCGAUUUAGUUGGAGGAUGGCGUUUGUUUGUAUCAUUAAUUCCUGUAGUUCCGAAUAAACGGCACUAAACCUAUUUGCACAUUUUCAUCUAUUCAGUAUCAUAAUUUUAGUUUGAUUUAUUAUGGACUAGCUAAUUGUCCGUAUGUUGUAAUGGGACACAAAUAUAUACGCAAUCAUCAUUAUUUACUGUCAUUUUCUUGUUAUGUGAUUACGUAUCAAAAAUAGACUUCAACUC